AUGGAUGGAGUUGUCAAAUUUCCACUGGUAUUACCAAUUGAGAGUGAGUUACCAGACGGGAUUCCAUCUCUAUAUCGUCACGAAGAUGGAAGUAAUGUGAACAUUAUUAGACAAUCUGAACUUGAACAAUCUAAUACCAUUUCAAAUAAACAACUUCGUACAGGGUUUGGGCAUCCAGAACCCAAAAGUUCCAAAUCUAAGGAGAAGUUGGUGAUUGAUAUGACGGAUGACGAGGUAUUAAUUAAAGAUGAGGCUCGGACAACAACUCCUGUUUUUAUUGUAGAAGAACAUCAUGAAGUUGCUCCAUAUUGGUUCCAAGAAGCUAUUGAGGGUGGAAUACCAAAACACGGAAAUAUAUUGAUACAUAUAGAUGGCCAUUCUGAUUUUGUCGAACCUCCAUUUCCUGCUAAUGCCUCUAUAUUCAGAUUUCCAACUAAAAGAUCCGACAUUAAAAAUCUGAUGACGUCAAACGAUGCUUUUAUUAUGAGUUCCGCAUAUUCUGGAUUUUUCUCGAGAAUCAUUUUUAUAUAUCCAUCAUGGGAUGAGGAGCGUAAGAAGACAAAUGGUGAAUAUGACAGAACGUUAGUGUCUUUUGGUUACGUACAUGGUAAGACCCAUAAAGACGAAAAUUCCAUAUGUGCAUGUUACCAAUAUUUUGUCCCUCUUGAAGUUCCAUUUUGCUUCGUCCUACAAGAUGUAGAUACCGGUGAAGAAAAAAAGGAAAUAAAGCCCAAUUCCUGUGAGUUAAAACAUACAAUAAUAUCAGAAAUUCUAACCGAUAAAUACGCCACCAAACUCGUGAAAUCUACAGAUUGGAUUACCUCGGAGGAUAAUAUUGUUUUUGAUAUAGAUGAAGAUUAUUAUGGUUGUGAAGCGGCCAUUCUCCAAAUUUUAAAGGCUAAAAUACCCGAAGAAAUUCUCGACGAAGAUUUGGAAAAAAGUGUUGAAAAUUUAUUUUGUGCUGGCACAGCUAAGGAGGAGAUGGCGUUUGAUAAGAUUCAUUAUGAUCUACUGAAGGAAAUUGCAACUCAGAAAUUGUCGAAAACGCAGAGAAAUCUUGUAUCGAAAACUGUAGACAUUAUUAAUCAAAGGAAUUUGACUCAACAUUUGUGUGUCGAAUCCGAUUUUUCGAAUCAUCUCGAUUAUUAUAUCCAAGAUUUAAGAAGACUUAACAAAAAUCAAUUAAAGGCCAUUGCAGAAACCGGUAUUUGCCUUAAAAGCUCUCCUCGACAAAUGUACUAUGACCACAUGGAGGGGAUGCAGUACUGUAUUGGUUAUAAUCGUCCCAAUGAUUCUCUAGUUCUCUUUUUUACACCGUCGCUUGAACAAAUCAAGGCAAGAACUCAGCAAUUACUUACCAUAUUUAAAAAUCUUCCAAACCCACGCCUUGUGACAAUUUGUAGGUCUGCACGUGACGGUUACGUACCAAGAAAGUAUGCUAGCAAAAUAGAAUCAGACAUUUUAGAAUCUUUAAUGAAAGUAUUUCCAAAAAUUACCUCAGAAUCCCUUCAUUAUGAUUCCAAUUUAUUAGGAGGAAAGUCAUCUUGGUAUGGCCGUCAUGGCAACGAAACGUGGUAA